AGCUAUCCCUCCCCCCAGGUGCCUGGUAAUAGGGACAGGUGGCUAAAGCAGGGGGUGGGAGCGAAUUGGUAGUGGGCUUGGAGGGGAAGGUAUCAAAUUGGUUGGAGAGUCCAGCGAGCCGCGGGCGCUCGGAAGAGGGGUGAGGCCGGCGUGCUUCCUGAAUGCUGCAGCAGCGUGGAGUUGUGCUAGUCCCAGCUGCAGAGUCCGCACCUGAGCGUUCAUUAAAAUAAGAAUCACCAUGUGUUUGUGAAGACUUCCUUGCAAAUGUGAACUGCGUGUAACCAGUGCAGUGGUUUGAGUCCAUAGACCGCCUGAGGAGUUGCCCCAUUCAUCUCACUGUGACAUUACUCUGAACCCUCAUGACAUUCCCCGUCAUGGUGGGCGAGAGGAGGAAUGGAAACCUGCUCGUGCACCUGGGGCCCACGCUGCAGGCCCACCCCGAGGAGCUGAUCCGGCAGCGCCGGGGCCACGAUGGCCACACCGAGUACCUGAUUCGCUGGAGCAUCCUCAGCUUGGAGGAGGGCCCAGGGAGCAGCACCAAUGCCUCUUCGGCGGAGAGCAAAGCGGAGAACAUCCUGAUGUGGAUGUCGGCAGAGGAGGUGUAUGCCAACUGCCCGACGCUGCUGGGCAAGAGGAAGCCCGAGGGGCAGCGGGUGAAGGAGGAGAAGGCGCCCAGCACGUUCCCUCCGGACGUCACGCUGGACGAGGCCUCGCUGCUGGAGAUGAAGGCUGACGUCAGGAACCUGGUGCAGCGGGCUAGCCGGCAGAUGGCCGGGCCCACGGGCCCGGAGUCCUCCAUCCUCAACACCAUCCACGUGCUGAGCGCCUACGCCAGCAUUGGCUCGCUGACGGGCGUCUUCAAGGAGACCGGGGCCCUGGACCUGCUGAUGAAGAUGCUGUGUAAUGAGGAGAAGCAAAUCCGUCGCAGCGCCGGCAAGAUGCUGAGGGCCCUGGCUUCACACGACGCAGGGAGUCGGGCCUACGUUCUCCUGUCCCUGAGCCAGCAGGACGGCAUUGAGCAGCACAUGGACUUUGACAGUCGCUACACCCUCCUGGAGCUGUUUGCGGAGACCACAUCCUCCGAAGAGCACUGCAUGUCCUUCGAGGGGAUCCACCUGCCCCAGAUCCCCGGGAAGCUGCUGUUCUCGCUGGUGAAGCGCUAUCUGUGCGUCACCUCUCUCGUGGACAAGCUCAACAGCAGCACGGAGCUGGGCGGGGAGCGGCAGGACUGCGCCGUGCCCUGCGCUCACGUCGGGGAGAGGAGCCGCAUGCAGCGGGAGUUCGAGUUCAGCAUGGCCAUGGCCAAUCUCAUCUCCGAGCUGGUGCGGGUGAUGGGCUGGGACCGCAGCCAGAGGAUGGAGCUGCUGUCCCUGCAGGAGGGGCAGCCGCGGGUCGUCCGCUCCAUCUUCCAGCCCAAGGCUCCCGCCUGCGCCGCCGUCCAGGUGCCUCUGGUCACACCAAAGCCCUCCCCGCGCAAAAAGCAGGGCCCCGGGUUCUUGACUUUGUCCGACUUCGCCAGGCGCAGCAGCUACGUGGAGUACGUGCAGGAGAGCCUCAAGCCGGGGAUGAUGGUGCGCAUGAUGGAGGACUAUGAGGAGAUCAGCGCUGGGGACGAGGGCGAGUUCCGGCAGAGCAAUAACGGGAUGCCCCCCGUGCAGGUUUUGUGGCAAUCUACAGGCCGGACUUACUGGGUGCACUGGCACAUGGUGGAGAUUAUUGGUGCCGGAGAGCAGCCUGAAGAAACUGCUGCCCAGGAAAAGGUAUCCAGUCUGACCGAGAACUUGACGUUAACCACAGUGACCCAGACGUUUUACUGCAAGCCCCUUGGGGGGCUGUACUCCCUGCCCUACCUGACGGAGCGGCCGAGCGAGGACUCGGAGGCCCUGAGCCGGGCCGAGUGGUGGGAGCUGCUCUUCUUCGUGAAGAAGCUAGACCCGCACGAGCAGCAGGAGAUCGCCCAGCUCAUCCGGCAGCACCAGGAGGAGCAGCUGUCGGAGCUGGAUGAAGAAGCCCUGAUCCAGCUGUCGGUACCGGUGGAGCUGGCCCAGAAAGUGCUGCGGGAGCUGAGCAAGCAGUGCGAGGGCUGCACCCUGAGUGACCUGCAUAGCUCCCAUGUCUACAGCAAGUACUUCCUCCGCCCAGGGGGGGCGCAGCCGGGCGGCCUGGGGCUGGACGCGGCCCCCUCGGAGUCCGCCGAAUCCCUGGUGUCCAAGAAACCAAAGAAAGACCCUCCCACCGCCAGAGUGCCUGCCCCCGCCCCGGCACCCCCAGAGAAAUCCGACUGCCAGCUGUUCAGCGAGCUGCUGCGAGCGGAGGGGCUGCCCUGCCCGGAGAUGGCGGAGGAGAAAGCCAAGGUGUUGUGCAGCGUGAAGGGGUCGGGGAAGAAGAGCUCGUUGGAGAGGAUUGCAGAGGUGGUGGAACUGAUCCAGAGGUCCAGCUCCGAGGUGGGGCUGCAGCUAGCCGGGCUCAGGUUCAUUAUCAAGACCCUGGAGGAGGAGGCCGGGCGAGAGCGGCAGGUCAUCAAACCCGAGGGCGGGCUCACCAUCAGGGAGAAGCUGGUGAAGAUGCUGGUGGAGCUGCUGACCAACCAGGUGAAGGAGAAGCUGCUGGUGGUACUGGCGCUGCGCCUGCUCUGCGUGCUGAUGGCCAAGUACGACUGGCGCGUGCUCUUCGCCACGGAGGGCGGGGUGCGUGCCGUGCUGGCCUGCAUGCAGGAGUACGCCCCCUCGGCGCUGGUCCAGCAGGCCGGCCUGGCGGCUCUGAAGGUGCUGGUGGGUGCCGGGACCUGCGAGCUGCUGGGUGCCAGCGAGAAGCCCUAUCCCCUGAACCACGCCGAUGCCCCGAUGAUGUGGGAGAUCUUCGCCAGCAUCGGCUCCGCCUCCAGCAAGGACUCGGACAGCCUGCUCUGCGCCCUGCCUGCCGCCAUCCGCACCAUGCAGGGCACUGCUGGGGCCUCGUCGGCCGUGCAGAACGGCCUGCUGGUGGCCGGCCUGCUGAUCGACAGCCACCGGGGCCUGGCCGAGCAGCUGGUGAGCUGUGACAUCCACUCGGCCCUGCAGAGCUGCUGCCAGGGGGGCCAGGACCCCACCGCCCCCAGCCACGCCACCGAGACGCUGGCCCAGAUCGCGCUCAGCCGGCUGGCGGAGCACCAGCUCCCCACGAACCUGGACACGGCAGAGGCGGGCUCAGCCCUGGAGCUGAAGGACGUGGACGUGCAGACGCUGCUGGGCCGCCUGCAGGAGGGCAGCCUCUCCAAGGAGCUGGUGCUGGCCCUGGAGCGCUGCGUCUGCGACGAGGCCGGCCCCGAGAGCGAGGGGGCCGAGGCCCUGCGGGACCGCCAGCACUUCCUGCUUCUGCUGCGCAGCCUGGAGCAGCUGGGGGCCGAGAAGGCCGUGCAGCUGGGGACCCUCCGGAUUUUGAACAAGCUCCUGGACAGUUACCAGGAGGAGGCGCUGCCCUGGCACGAGAGCAUCGAGCCCUGUCUGUCCUCCAUGAGCGCCCCCAGCACCGAGUGGGAGGUGGUGCAGGAGUUCGUUCGCUUCCUCCACCGCCUGGCCACCACCAACAAGGACUGCGCUGUGGUGAUGUGCCGCCUGGGCACCAAGGAGGCCCUGUCCAAAGCCCUGGACAAGCACAACUCCAACCUGCUGCUGGGGUCGGAGCUGCGGGACCUGGUGACCGACUGUGAGAAAUACGCCAGCCUCUAUCAGAAGCUGACCACCAGCAUCCUGGCCGGCUGCAUCCAGAUGGUGCUGGGUCAGAUUGAGGAGCAUAGACGGAGUCACCAGCCCAUCAACAUCCCCUUCUUCGACGUCUUCCUGCGCAACCUCUGUCAGGGCUCCAGCGUGGAAGUGAAGGAGGACAAGUGCUGGGAGAAGCUGGAGGUUUCCUCGAACUCCCACCGAGCCAACAAGCUGACGGACAGGAACCCCAAGACCUACUGGGAGUCCAACGGCAGCACCGGCUCGCACUACAUCAACAUCUACAUGCACCGCGGCGUGGUGGUCAGACAGAUGAGCCUGCUGGUGGCCAGCGAGGAUUCCAGCUACAUGCCAGCCCGGAUCGUGGUCAUGGGAGGAGAGAACCCGGCCAGCAUCAGCACCGAGCUCAAUACGGUGAACGUCAUGCCCUCGGCCAGCAGAGUGAUCCUUCUGGAGAACCUGACCCGCUUCUGGCCCAUCAUCCAGAUCAAGAUCAAGCGCUGCCAGCAGGGUGGCAUUGACACGCGUGUGCGUGGCAUCGAGAUCCUGGGGCCCAAGCCCACCUUCUGGCCGAUCUUCAAGGAGCAGCUGUGCCGGCGCACGUACCUGUUCUACACCACCCAGGCGCACACGUGGUGCCAGGANCGGCCCACCCUCCUGUACCUGUACCUCCCUCUCCCCCCGGGGCUCUCCCCGCCCGCCUGUAACCGUGUGCCGCCUGCCCCUGCCCAGGUGAAGCGGUUCCUGGAGUCGUGGUGGCAGGGGCCGGACUUCGUGGAGCGGUACUGCCGUCUCUACCUGGGCCUGCGCAGCGCCAUGGAGGAGCUGUUCGGGCAGCAGACGGCCUUCGCGCUGGCCCUGCGGCAGGGCUUCUCCGGGGGCCUGCUGCAGCUCUCCUUCCUGACGGCCAUGCACGUGAGCGAGCAGUUCGCUCGCUACGUGGACCAGCGGAUCCAGGAAAGCCAGACGGACGCAGGCAACGUGGAGUCGCUGCACCGGCUGCAGCGGAGCCUGGAGCCCAUCCUCUUCCUCUCCGGCCUGGAGCUCGCCAACACCUUCGAGCACUUCUACCGGUAUUACCUGGGCGACCGGCUCCUGGCCCAGGGGAACGUGUGGCUGGAACGGGCCGUCGUGGAGCAGAUCGGGCUCUGCUUCCCCAAUCGCUUCCCCCAGCAGAUGCUGAAGAGCCUGAGCGAGUCGGAGGAGCUGCAGCAGCAAUUCCACCUCUUCCAGCUGCAGCAGCUCGACAAGCACCUGCUGGAGCUGGACGCGGGCCAGGAGGACGCGGCGAUGGAGGAGGAGCCGGCCGAGCCGGAGGAGGAGCCGGAGGUGAAGGUGCUGGCCCUGUCCCCGCGCUGCUGGACCAUCUCCCCGCUCUGCUACCUGGAGGAUCCCAGCAGGUGUUUCCCUCAGCCCCUCGGGGGCUACUUGGCGCGGUUCGCUGACUUCUACACCAACAGUCAGAGCCGGUUUGGCCUGGAGCACACGAAGCCGCGGCGCCUGCAGUGGACGUGGCUGGGCCACGCGGAGCUCCGGUUCGCGGGCAGCACCACCCUGCACGUCUCCACCCUGCAGAUGUACAUCCUGCUGGGCUUCAACAGCGCCCAGGUGGGACCCCCGGUCCCCUGGGGGGUGGGAUCCCACAGCUGGUGCAAAUGGGGCACCAACUGCUCCUGUCCUUGCAGCACAGAGAGCGCCUUCCCCCCAGCUUAUCCGUAUGGGGCAGAGACGGUCUGUCCUCCCCCCUGGGGAGGAACCGUUCCCCGGGCACGACUGAGCGCGGCUGUGUCGGUCCCAGGCGUCCUGCGUCUGAACGAGGCGGCCCUGGCGCGGGCGGCCGGCCAGCGCCUGUGGCUGCUCCCCAAGCAGACGUACCUGAACGUGGAGGAUGACGAGGGAAGCACCCUGGAGAGGAAGAGGAACAUCAUCUGCUGCCUCAUCAUCCAGAUCCUGAAAGGGGAGAAGGAGCUGCACAUCGAUAACCUGGUGUUCAAGGUGAUCGACGCCUGUCAGAAAUGGGAGUCUGGCCCUGCCCUGAAGUUCCUCAGCUUCUGCUGCAGCAGCACGGACGUGCUGUCCUGCACCCUGCACCUGCUGAGCCAGGGCUACGUGCGGCGCCAGGAGGACAACCCCCAGCUGCUGGAGUACGUCUCCACGGAGCCCACGACACCUCACCGGGGCCAGGCCCAGGUCAUUUUCCGUAGCACAGAGUGCCUGAGGGGGCAGGACAAGGGCAGCAAGUUCUCCCCGUUCAGGCUGGAUGCCCAUGGAGUCGGUCCAGAGGCGGUCCUGAUGGAGACCCUGCUGCUGCCUAUGGGGCGCACCAUGAGUCAGGAGGAGGUGCAGGUGCUCAUGAACCAGACGGUGAAGCAGGUCCUGGACACCCUGAGUGUCUCAGCUGAUAGAGCCCAGCAUCUGCUCAUUCACUGCAAGUGGAACGUGGACCUGCUGAUCGAGCGCUACACCGAGGACCCCGAGCUGCUGCUGAUUUCCUCAGGGCUGCAAGUGCAGAACCCCCAGCCACCCCCGAGUCCCGUCACCCACUGUCCGGUGUGUGUGAGCCAGCUGUGCACGGACGACAGCCCUCCCACCCUCUGCUGCAUGCACUACUGCUGCAAGUUCUGCUGGAAUAAAUAUCUGACGACUUGCAUCGAGCAGAACCUGGUUCAGAACUGCACCUGUCCCAUCCCUGACUGCCCUGCGCAGCCCACCACGGACUUCAUCCGCUCCAUCAUCUCCUCCCCGGAGGUCAUUGCCAAGUACGAGAAAGCUCUCCUGCGAGGCUACGUGGAGUGCUGCUCCAACCUGACCUGGUGCACCAACCCCCAGGGCUGCGAUCAGGUCCUUUGUAAGGAGGGACUCGGCUGUGGAGAGGCCUGCUCCAAGUGCUGCUGGAUAUCCUGCUUCAACUGCAAUUUCCCAGAGGCUCAUUACCCGGCCAGCUGCAGCCACAUGUCCCAGUGGAUGGAUGACGGUGGGUACUAUGAAGGGAUGACGGUGGAAGCCCAGAGCAAACACCUGGCCAAACUCAUCUCUAAGCGCUGCCCCAGCUGCCAGGCUCAGAUAGAGAAAAACGAGGGCUGUCUACAUAUGACCUGUGCCAAAUGCAACCAUGGAUUUUGCUGGCGUUGUCUCAAGCCCUGGAAGCCAACGCACAAGGAUUAUUACAAUUGUUCUGCCAUGGUGAGCAAAGCAGCUCGGCAGGAGAAGCGUUUCCAGGACUACAAUGAGAGGUGCACUUUCCAUCAUCAAGCGAGGGAAUUCGCUAUGAACCUAAGAAACCGAGUUUCUGCCAUCAGCGAGGUGCCGCAGAUUCGAACCUUGACCUUUGUUGUGGAUGCCUGCAAAGUCCUGGAACAGGCCCGGAAGGUGCUGGCUUACUCCGCUGUCUACAGCUACUACAACCAGGACACCGAGAAAAUGGAUGUCAUGGAGCAGCAGACGGAGAACCUGGAGCUACACACCAAUGCUCUGCAGAUCCUUCUGGAGGAGACUCUGCUGCAGUGUCAAGACCUGGCCUCCUCCAUUCGGCUGUUCAAAGUCGAGCAUUUUAACACUGGCCUGGAGCUGGUGCGCAGGAUCCAGGAGCGGCUCCUCGCCAUCCUGCAGCACUCCACUCAGGAUUUCCGCGUCGGCUUCCAGGCCCGGCCAGGCUCCGACCAGAGGGAGAUGAAGUUGUCAAAUGUGCCUAAUGCCGCCCCACCUUACAAAGAGCUGAAGUUCGAUGGGGCGUCCGACUCCCCUGACACAGACGAGGGGGCCAAAGAGGAGGAGGAGGAGGAAGAUGAGGAGUACGUCCCGGAGUGGCAGGAGGAGUAUGAUGAUGAAGACCUUGAUGACGACAACUUUUCCUAUGACGAUGAAUCGGAGAAUCUAGAGCGCGAUUCCUUCUUCUUUGACGACGAGGAUGAAGCUUAUGACUAGAGGGGGCUCAGCAGCACAGGGGCCCAUCUUAGAGCCUAACGUGACGCCACCUCUCCUCUGCCAGCCAGCUCUGCACACACCACCACUCCCUGCUCUGCCCCAGCCAUGCUCGGGGGCCCCCAAACACCAGCAGGGGCUGUUCGCUAGUUUCCAAUAAAGGGAAGUUUCCUUUUAGGGCUGGUUGCUCCAUGACUCUGUUGAACUUGCUUGGCCACUGUCCCUGGGCCCAGGUCCCAAUGCCCUUACCAGCCCUGGCAAGAGGGGACUACCUGUUACCUCUGCUCCUUUUCCAGCACGUACCCUCCAGCAUACAGCUGGCCCCAGUGGAUCUCAGCAGAGCAGCAGCUGGCAGCCUGCAAUGGGGGCAGCUGUUUCCUUGAAGGCCUGGCCCCUGGGGAGGGUGGACAGGCCCAGUUGGGGGUGUGAAGGGAUGUGCUGUGUGCAGUGCCCCAUCCCUUCCCCAGUAAUAGCAUUCCCACCUGCCUGGCUCCUGCCGUCUCAGCCCGGCACGCCAGGAAAUAGCAUCUCCCAGCCCGGGGGUGGAUCCCACACGCGGACUCCUGGUGCCAGCAGUGCCUCUGGAAGUAAUGUGCUGCCUCUGGCCCUGGGUGAACUCGCCGGUCACACUCGGUGAGUGAGAAUUUCACAGUGCAGGGCCGCUCCCAUCCGCUGCACUGCAUCUUCCAGAAUGGGGGCAGGCCCGGCAGGGCAGUGCACACGGCAGCAGGGGGAGAUGGGGACGGUUCUCAAACUGAGUGUCCAAACUGGAGCCAAAGUGCCCCCCGGAGCUGCCUGGGGGCUUGACGCAGCCACCCCGGCCCAGCCCGGCUGUGUGUGUUUUGGGCCUGGAGGGGCGCGUUGUCUGUAACUGCAUUUUUGCUCAUUUACCAUUGGAGCUGUGGCCUUCUCUGGCGUGAAGGGGGGGUCGUGCGGGAAGGCUGUAUAGAUAGUAUAAAUAUAUAUAUAUAUAUGUGCAGAAGCUGUCAUUGUUCACAGAUUAUGCUUUAUCUUUCUGGAAAAGAAAAACCCUACAGAUACAACUUCCGUUUAUGAAAUAAACGGCUUUUCUUCUA